AGGAGUCUUCUCUUAUUCUGCGCUCACAGGCACACUCCUCCACAACUUGUCUUUUCUCUCUGGCUGUCAGAGUGCGCUCCAGACUAGCUGCAGACAGAGGGGUGGAGGAGAGGGAGGGGGGAAGGUUGCCAGUCCCAGGCAAGUAGCCUGUGCGCACACACACACUGCUGGGGGAGGUAAGGCAUCUAUCAUCUGCUUUGCAUAAGGGAAAACCCAGCAGCAAAGUCUCAGCUUGAGAAGCAGAUAGGAGCCAGUCAGACUUUCAUCAGAGGAGAGCUUGAAGGGAUGCUAAUUUAGUCAAGAAGGGGUACGGGGAAAUAGAAUUGGCAGUGUAUGAAUUGGGCUAGUUUUGGGCUACUUUUAAAAUAGCUUUUGGCUACUUUUUUAUAGUCUUUGGCUGGUUUUGAAACAUAAACCUGGCAACCCUGCCUGCUCCUGUUAGCCCAGAGCCUGACGGUGCUGCUUGUACCCAAACUUCCCUCGCAGCUCUGUGUAGUGUCUUCCACACCCAACAGUUCCCAUGCUCGGACCGGAUAAACUGGGCGUCGAGAUGGACUUCGGUUACAGAGGAGUGGCGCCCAUGGGAGAUUUCUGUACGUUAAGUGCCAGUAUCCCGGCCACCAAAGUGGAGCUGACAGUAUCGUGCAGGAAUCUAUUGGAUCGAGACACAUUUUCCAAAUCAGAUCCAAUUUGUGUGUUGUAUACUCAAGGAAUUGGAAACAAGGAAUGGAGAGAGUAUGGGAGGACAGAAGUGAUUGACAACACCCUGAACCCAGAUUUUGUUAAAAAGUUUAUAAUGGAUUACUUUUUUGAGGAAAGACAGAACCUUCGAUUUGAUUUGUAUGAUGUCGAUUCAAAAAGUCCUAACCUAUCAAAGCAUGAUUUUUUGGGUCAGAUGUUUUGCACAUUGGGCGAAAUUGUUGGAAGCCAAGAAAGUCGGCUGGAAAAGAUUGUAACGGGAAUACCAGGAAAGAACUGUGGAACAAUCAUAGUUACAGCAGAAGAGCUGAGCAAUUGCAGAGAUGCCGUAUUAAUGCAGUUUUGUGCAAACAAACUCGAUAAGAAAGACUUUUUUGGAAAAUCUGACCCCUUUCUAGUUUUUCAUAGAAGUAAUGAGGAUGGCAGCUUCAUAAUCUGCCACAAGACAGAAGUUAUUAAAAACACAUUAAAUCCUGUUUGGCAGGCAUUCAAGGUCCCAGUCAGAGCAUUGUGCAAUGGAGACUUUGACAGGACAAUUAAAGUGGAAGUCUAUGACUGGGAUAGAGAUGGAAGUCAUGAUUUUAUUGGGGAAUUCACAACAUGCUACAGGGAGCUGUCAAGGGGACAGUCACAAUUUAAUGUGUAUGAGGUAAUAAAUCCAAAGAAGAAAGGAAAAAAGAAAAAAUAUUUAAAUUCUGGAACUGUUACCUUACUUUCUUUUUUAGUUGAGACAGAAGUUUCCUUCCUAGACUAUAUCAAAGGAGGAACCCAAAUUAACUUCACAGUUGCUAUAGAUUUCACAGCAUCAAAUGGUAACCCAGCACAGCCAACCUCAUUACAUUAUAUGAAUCCUUAUCAGCUAAAUGCAUAUGGCAUGGCAUUAAAAGCAGUAGGAGAAAUCAUUCAGGAUUAUGACAGUGAUAAAAUGUUUCCAGCACUGGGAUUUGGAGCAAAGUUGCCACCAGAUGGAAGAGUAUGUCAUGAAUUUGCUUUGAAUGGAAAUCCUCAAAACCCAUACUGUACUGGGAUAGAUGGAGUGAUGGAAGCUUAUUAUAGAAGCUUAAAAGGUGUACAGCUCUAUGGACCAACAAAUUUUGCACCUGUGAUAAAUCACGUCGCACGUUAUGCUGCUUCCGUAAAGGAUAGUUCCCAGUACUUUGUUCUGCUGAUUAUUACAGAUGGUGUUAUCUCUGACAUGGCUCAGACAAAGGAAGCUAUAGUCAAUGCUUCAAAAUUGCCAAUGUCAAUUAUUAUCGUAGGUGUGGGACCAGCAGAAUUUGAUGCCAUGAUAGAACUAGAUGGGGAUGAAGUCAGACUUUCUUCAAGAGGACGCUAUGCAGAAAGGGAUAUUGUACAGUUUGUUCCUUUCCGGGACUACAUUGACAGAAGUGGAAACCACGUACUUAGCAUGGCACGGCUUGCAAAAGACGUCUUAGCCGAGAUCCCAGACCAGUUUCUUUUGUACAUGAGAUCCAGAGGAUUCAAGCCAUUUCCUGCCCCACCACCAUAUACACCAGCAGGCCACUUAUUACAGACGCAGAUCUGACAUAUAUAUAAUAUACAAUACUUCCAUCCCCACAUGAUAUCAAGCUGCCGCUUCAGCUGUUAAUUAAGAUGCACUAUGAAUUGACUCAAAAAGACUGCUCCUCUGACCGGAACACUUAUGGGUUUUUUUGGGAUCAAAAUGAUUCUGUUUACAGACCAAAACUGUAAAUAAGGAUGUAUAUGCGAAAGAUUUAAAUACUCAGCAGGAAAAUAUCCUCUCUGAGUCUUAUUUUUGUGAGUUACUUUUUAUUGGAAUUGUUGGGGAAAGCACAAAUUACACUUUGAAUCCAAACUGUAUCGUUCUCCCAACUGAGUUCUAUUUCUACAGGAAUGCGAUUCCUUAGUGUCAAUGUUUACAUGUUACUAAUUUUUGAAGUUCAAUACUUUUGUAAUUAUUCUUAAAAAGACUUAAAAACUCUAUAAAAUCCAGUGUCUUCUAUCUAACAAUAGUUGUAGCCACAAUAAGAGCAAUAUCCCUUUAUAAAAUGUCCUAGACUGUGAGAAAAUGUUGGAUUAUGACAGUCACAAACUUUUAAGAGAAAAGUUAAAUAAAAAAAAUAAUGGUGUGUUCACUUUUUAAUACGUCAAAUGCAAAACAGUUUACAUGCUUGCACAAGCGAACUGUAAAGUGAGAAUAAAGGGACACUUUUUUUUUACCCUGAAUGAUUCAUCCCUGCUUAAAGUGGACCUGUCACCCAGACAUAAAAAUAUGUAUAA